CACGAAAGCAACGAUGCCAAUCUUGGAUGACCAAAACCAGUGUAUCAAGUUUCAUCGACAAUAGCCGCUCCCGCCAUUCCCUCCACGGACCACAACCAUGACCACAAAAUCAUCGCCAGCCAGCAACGAUGACGCAAUCGUCAUCCUGGGCGGAGGCCCCGCCGGCAUGGCGUGCGCGCUGGCCCUGAUCAAGGUGGGCUUCAAGGUGCGGGUGUUUGAGCGAUACGACCGGGCGCGGCCGGCCGGCAACAUCCUCAACCUGUGGCCGCCGCCCAUCCACGCGCUAAAGUGCAUGGGCGUGGACGUCGAGGACCUGGGCGCGCCGUGCCGGGCGUCCUUCCGCAACGCCAGCGGCCACGUCCGCGCCGACGUCAAGCUGCCGCAGGACGUGCUGGACAAGUACGGCGGCGGCUUCAUAGGCCUGCUGCGCCGGGACCUGUACGUGCGCAUGCUCGAGGCCCUGCCCGCGGGCACCGUGGAGUUUGGCCGGCAGGUCGUGGCCAUCGAGGACCUGGGCCACCGCGUCGAGCUGACGCUGCAGGACGGCUCCGUGGUCGCGACGCCGCUGCUGGUCGGCGCCGACGGCAUCGACUCGACGGUGCGGCGGCACCUCUGGGGCCCCGCGCCCAAGCGCCCGCACAACCUCAUCAUCAUCGGCGGCUUCACCUUCACCGACGCGGUGCGCACCGAGCUGAACGAGUGCGUCAUCGCGCACAACCCGCAGGUCCAGGGCACCUACACAACCAUCCUGAGCGGGGGCCGGCGGGGCCACCAGUGGUGGCUGCUGCAGGCCUGGCCCGAGAGCAGACCCGACCCGGACAAGCUCAAGGAGCGCGCCCUCGACGGCGCCGCCGGGUUCCCCCACGGCCCGCUCCGGGACCUGGUGGCGGCCACCCCGGCCGAAAACAUGCAGACGUGGCGGAUCCGCGACCGCGAGCCGCUGGCGCGCUGGUCGCGGGGCCGCAUCACGCUGGCCGGGGACGCGGCGCACGCCACGUCGCCGUACGCGGCCUACGGCGCCGGCAUGUCCAUCUGCGACGGCUACUUUCCGGCCAAGCUGCUGCGCGGGACGGCGCUGGACGACACGGCGGCGGUGGCCGGGGCGCUGCGCCAGUACGACGCCUGCAGGAUCCCGCACACCUCGGAGCAGGUCAACCUCGCCUACUUCCUCGGCCGCAUGUUCCACCAGGUGCCGUGGCCGCUGACGGUGGCGCGGGACCUGGUGCUGGACUGGACGGGUCUGCUGCAGAGGGAGGUGGGCGAGCGCAGCCCCGGGGAGAUUGUCAAGCAGCUGGAUGAGAUGGGCGAGGGGCUUGAGAGCGACGGGCUUGAGAGCGACGGGGUUUGA